AUGCAUACGACCUGGUGUAGCUGUUCUCGUACUACUCAGCUGCUCCGCCUUCCAAGCGGGCAUAUACCUGCAUUGCACCAAUGCCUAGCUGUACUGCCCUGUUCUCCUAUGUCAGUAGCAAACCCCGAAUACUUAGCACUAAUACCUCGCGUGCAGGAUACAUCGCAAUCGCCGUCGCAUUAUGGGAAAUCGCCUUUUCGCUUUGAGACUGGCAUCGGGCUCUUUGCAAAGCGGUCGCCUCGCCCGUUUCCGCCGCCCUUCCUGUCCCCCCCAUCUGUAUCCUUCUCAGACCCCCUAAGCACCCACCACCAGAGCCGGGACCGUCGAGGGCAUGCCGUUGUGAAUGGAGAACUCAUUAAAGGACUUACGAAUGGUGACGAUGCCGUGUAUGCUAGCGACUAUUUCAUAUGUGCAAACGAUGGCGUAGGCGCGUGGGCAGCUCGCCCCAGAGGUCAUGCUGGGUUGUGGUCGCGACUGAUAUUGCACUUUUGGGCAACGGCCAUCGAAGAAGAGUCGGCGCAGAGCCUAUUCCAGCAAAAGGCCUACCAGCCCGACCCCAUUGCGUCUCUGCAGACAGCAUUCGAGCAAACCCAAGAAGCAACCGGGGCUCAUGACUGGCAGGGAACAACAACAGCGUGCGGUGCUCAGCUCCACUACAGAAUGGUGACGGAUGCGGGACGCCAAGUUGCGACGCCGGUUCUCUAUGCGACCAACCUGGGUGAUUGCCAAAUCCUCGUUCUCCGCCCCCGAGAUCAAGGAGUCAUAUUCAAAACCACAGAACAGUGGCACUGGUUUGACUGUCCGCGCCAGCUCGGCACAAACAGCCCCGAUACCCCAAGGAAGAAUGCCGUGGUUGACGUGAUCGACUUGGAAGAGGGUGAUGUGGUACUUGCAAUGAGUGAUGGGGUCAUUGACAACCUCUGGGGACACGAAAUCGCGACUCGAGUGUUUCAAAGUAUAAAAGAGUGGGAGGCUGGGAAAGGCGCUGAUGGAGAGGCAGAUCGAACAGGCGGCCGUAACGGCGGGAUGGCUGUUGCAGCCCAGGACCUAGUAGCGGCAGCCAAAGUGAUAGCUCUCGAUCCAUACGCAGAGAGCCCAUUCAUGGAACAUGCCAUAGAGGAGGGGUUGGCCAGCGAAGGAGGGAAAUUGGAUGAUAUUAGUGUCGUUGCCGCAUUAUGCGUUAGAGACACGGAACGGUAAUACUAAAGAUUUAGACGGUGCCUGGUGGUUAUACAUCGAUGGUGUCUUGUCUUUGGAAUCAGGGGUGAGUGAUUGUCUUUUGCAACAUGGGCUUGAGUUUAAUGACUAUAAUGGGUCUGGUUUUUGUAGAUAUGCGAAGAAGUUCAAUCACAUAACUGUAGCAAUACUAGGUUAAUGUUUU